CUAGCCGAGCGAGCUAUGGUUUGCACUGCCGACGAUUUACAAGAAUGGAAAGACUUUCCUAAGGGUCUGAGAGUUCUUCUCCUUGAUCGGGACGGCCACUCCGCGGCCGAGAUAACAUCAACACUUGAGGAAAUGGAGUAUGUUGUCUGUUACUGUAGUGAUGAGAAGGAAGCUUUGUCAACAAUUUUGAACACACCGGAAAACUUCCAUGUUGCAAUUCUGGAGAUGUGCAAAGGAAAUUAUGAUGAGAGUUUUAAAUUGCUUGGAAGUUCCAAGGACUUGUCAAUCAUAAUGACUUCAGAUGUUUAUUGCCUAAGCACCAUGAUGAAGUGCAUUGCACUUGGUGCAGUUGAGUUUUUGCUGAAACCACUCUCUGAGGAAAAAUUGAGGAAUAUCUGGCAGCAUGUCCUUCACAAGGCAUUUUCCAGUACACCGAAGGCUGAAGUAGACUCCGCAGCAUCCUUGAUGCAGCUCCAGUUAGAGAGUGAAGAUAAUAAUGGAGUUCUGGAAGAUACGGAAGUUCUUUCUUGGAUUCAAGAUGUUGUAUGGGAGCAAGAGCAACCAGAAGGAAGUGUUAUAUCUCAACUGAACCAGGGAUCAUCGUUGCAAGGUUGCUGGGAAAGUGAAAAUCAAAUGAACUGUCCAAUGGAAACAGAUUGCAGUGACAAAGAUGUACAGUCUAACUUCGUCGAAACUACUUCACAUGAUUUGGUUUGUGAAGACACCCUUCAGGAGGGCCAACCUCGAUUAUCUGGCAAGAAUAAAUGUGGCGUCAAAAGUGGUCCUUCAGCCGCUGAGCACUCAAUCCAAGGAUCUGAUGUAAACCCUUCAGCUAGUUCCAAAGCGAGGAAAACAAAGGUGGACUGGAGCCCAGAGCUACAUAGAAAGUUUAUUCAGGCAGUCGAACAGUUAGGCAUAGAUCGUGCAAUUCCUUCCAAAAUACUUGAGCUGAUGAAAGUUGAAGGUUUGACAAGGCACAACGUUGCAAGUCAUCUCCAGAAGUACAGGAUGCAAAGGAAACAUGUGAUGCACAGAGAAGAAAUUCCAACAAGAUAUUCAAUGCAAACCAAUCACUCCCCACCACUCAUGGCUUACCCUUCUUCUUAUCCUUACUGUGGAAUAUCCAUGUCCACCGUCUAUCGAACAUGGACGCAGACCAAUGGCCAUCCCGCUAAUGUCAACAUGCGGGGUCCGCCUGAUUAUCGCCAUUGGCCGCAACCAGGAACUCAGCCAUGGAACUCUUAUGCUGGGAUGCAAGCUGAUGCAUGGGGUUGCCCUGUGAUGCUGCCUUCUCCUGCUCCAUAUUUUUCAUAUCCUCAGCAAAUUUCAUCAUCACACAAUGUGUAUACAGCAAAUAAGAGCUACGGCACGCCUCAAAGUUCAUUUGAUCUUCAACCAGAUGAGGAGCUGAUCGACGAGAUUGUAAAUGAGGCAAAGAGGAAACCAUGGUCACCUCUUCCAUUGGGGCUUAAACCUCCUUCUGCAGAGAUCCUUCUGGAAGAGCUUCCAAAGCAAGGAAUCUCCACUCUUACACCUCAAAUCAACGCCUUCAAUCCUCCCUGAUCCCACUCCUCUCGACCUUCUUACUAUAAAUAUGUUUGGGUUAUAUUAUAAAAUUAAUUUAUGUAAUUUCAAUUUUUUAUUUGAGGUACCAUUCAAAAAAUUUAAACUAUUCUUUUAAAAAAAAAUGUAUCUAUCCAAACUUUUUAAACGACUCAUUGAAAUAUCUACGAAGAGCAAACAUCAGACAAAAAAGUUGAGUUUGGUGCGUUGAAAAGCUAAUGUGUUUUGUUUUAGAUUAGUUUUGACGAGAUAGGUGAUGUGAUUUGUCACCCAGCGCUGUUGGCAAAGAUAUGCUUACCUGCCUGUGAUCUUUUCUUGGCCCCAUUUCCUCCCUUGUGGCCGACUACUUUACCAUGUCGCCACGAUGGACCAAUAAAAUCAAGCCUUCAUGUA